AUGAAGAUACAAGAGAGCGAGAUUGAAGAGCAACCGGAGGCCAGUAGUAAUAGAGAAAAGAAAGCAAUAUCUAUGAUAUGGGAAGACGUAACAGUAGUACUGGUGGCUAAGAAAGGAGCGACUAGGAAGUUGCUAAAUCGGCAAAGUGGUUAUGCUCUACCUGAUCGGAUCAUGGCCAUUAUGGGUCCUUCUGGCUCAGGCAAAUCCACCUUACUUGAUGCAUUAGCUGGAAGACUGUCAUCGAAUGUGGUAAUGACCGGGAAUGUUUUGCUGAAUGGAAAGCAGAGAAACAUUGGUUCCAGAAGUAUUUCUUAUACUACUCAAGAAGAUUUUCUCUUGGGAACUCUUACUGUCCGAGAAACUCUCACAUACUCCGCUCAUUUGAGGCUACCUAGCACAAUGACCAAUGAUGAAAUCAAUUCAGCAAUAGAAAACACAAUCAUGAAGAUGGGGCUUCAGGAUUGUACUGACAAUAAGGUUGGAAACUGGCAUUUGAGAGGUCUAAGCGGUGGCGAAAAGAGACGACUAAGCAUUAGUCUUGAAAUAUUAACACAGCCUUACGUCAUGUUUCUUGAUGAACCCACCACCGGCCUAGAUAGUGCUUCAGCCUUAUUUGUUAUUCAAGCUCUAAAAAAUAUUGCUCUUGAUGGAAGAAUAGUUGUUUGCUCUAUUCAUCAGCCAAGCAGUUAUAUCUUUGAUUUGUUUGAUGACUUAUGCCUCCUCUCAAGUGGAGAGACAAUCUAUUUUGGAGAAGCAAACCUGGCUGUCAAGUUCUUUGCUGAUGCUGGAUUUCCUUGUCCAACGCGAAGAAAUCCUUCUGAUCACUUCCUUCGAUGUAUUAAUUCAGACUUCUACAAGAUAGCCUUAACUAUGUUGCGAUCGCAGAGAGAUUCUACAGUCUCAGAGUCGUCAAAUUUUCAAACAAAUUUUACUGCAGAAGACAUCAAAGCAAAGCUUGUCGAAAAAUACAGGAAUUCUGAGUACUCGACAAACACAAGAAAAAGGAUUCGACAAAUUGCACUCCUUAAUGAAGAACUUAUGACUGGAUUGAGUACUGAGAGCAGAAACAAUUGGUGGAAGCAGCUCUACACCCUGACUAUUCGUUCUUUUGUUAACAUGAUUAGAGAUUUCGGGUAUUUCUGGGUACGGAUCCUAUUCCUUAUUCUAAUAGCACUAGGUGCUGGAAUUAUGUACUUUGAUAUUGGCUUAUCAAGCUCCGCAUUUGUCUCAAGAGCAAAAUGCUACACAUACCUUUAUGACUUCUUGAUUUGCUUGUCUGUUGGAGGAUUACCCUCUUUACAAGAAGAAUGGAAGGUAUCCUACCAUGAAUUACACAACGGACACUAUGGAGAGGCUGUGUUUAUGCUUUCUAACUUACUAUCAUCGUUCAUUUUCCUAGUGAUCAUGUCUCUUUCUUCUGGUACAAUAAUAUUUUACAUGGUCAAAUUCCAUCUGGGAUUCUCCCACUAUUGCUAUCUCUGUAUGAAUCUCUUCUUCUGCGUGGCCAUUAUGGAAAGCGUGGCGAUGAUUGUUGCGCUGCUUGUACCAAACUUUCUGAUGGGUGUAGGAGUUUCAGCUUUUGCAGUUAUGUUUUUGACAAUGGCCUCUGGACUCUAUAGGCCACUGCCUGAUCUUCCCAAGUUCUUUUGGCACUACCCUAUGGCCUAUAUCAGUUUCACUUCUUGGGCUGUUCAGGGUCAAUACAAAAACGAUAUGCUUGGACUUGAAUUCGAACCUUUCGUGCAAGGAGAACCUAAGCUUCAAGGCAAGCAAAUCCUUGAGAAAUUUUUCGGUGUUCGGGUGAACUAUGCGAAGUGGUGGGAUUUGGCUGCUCUCUUCUUCUUAUUACUUUGUCACAAACUAAUAUUUUUCUCAAUACUAAAAUACAAGGAGAGAUCAGUGUUGCUGCUGCGAAGGUUUUAUGCGAAAAGUACUUUGAAAGACCUUGCCAUGAGACCUUCGUUCAGAAAGGAAAAAUAUGGCUCCUCGAGGAGACAGCAACCUCUCCAUCCAUUAUCUGCUCAAGAGGGUUUUGCAUCUCCUUUGUCUUAG